AUGAGAAUUAAUUUAGGUGAUGAUAUCCCUGACUCCAAGUCAUCGCACUCUCCAAGAUCCAGAUCGAGACUGCCAGACUCGCUUUCCACACAGGCCGAAUCUUCGUAUAGAGAGAGGUCGCAGGAAAGAGGAAUUGAUAAGGUGCGCAAAUCCGGGCUUUACAGGAACAGCAAUAACUCCGUGGAAGACUUAGCUUUGGCCAGUGCUGCUCAAGGUGCAGGCAAGGCUCAGGAACAACCUGAGCGAGGUAGAUCCAAGGAGAGAGUAAGAAGUAUACAACGUGGAGAUGACCCUACUCAAGCUGCCCCGGCAAUUACGAAGCAAGAGGGAGAGGAAGACCCAGACGAAGAGGAAGAUCCCAAUAUGAUCAGCUUGAUGGGCUUCACUGGGUUUGCAAGCACAAAGGGUAAACAAGUGAAGGGUGCCAAAGGUGGAGCAGCAAAGAAAGAAAAGAAGACCGAGUAUCGCCAGUACAUGAACAGAACCAAGGGAUUUAAUAGACCAUUGUCUCCAACAAGAGGCGAUAAGUAA